CCUUGCGAAAAACCCCCCUCCAAACCUCACCUUCACCUCACUUCCGACCACAAGUGAGAAGACAUGGCCCCCCGCUCUGUACCUUGGACCAGGGCUGACGAGGAUCGCCUCUGGGUCUUCGGCAAUAACAUGGUUCACCGCGGUGAGCGCUGGGCCGACCUGGAGCAUGAGUUCAACCUGGCGGGAAGGGGGCGGUCAAACCUGGCCCUCCGUCUCAAAUGGAUGAAGUUGAACGCUCGCGGAGGGCCAGGGGCGCCUCCCGCUCCCACGGCCACUCAGGGGCAAGCCGCGACCACGGCGCCGGUGGUGAACGGCCUCAACGAGGCGGACGACGACGACGACGACGAGAUUGACGUCGACGAAGAGGGGAACGACGACGACGAUGUGAGCUUCGUCGACGAUGACGAGAUGACCGGCGAUGAUGCCGAAGAGCACCCGGCUGCUCAACCUCACCCCGCCGACCUCGCCAUGGAGGCCCGCAAGGAAGCCGCCGUCGGCCUCAUGGCCUUGACCUCGGGGAAUCAGCCUCUGGUUCCUCUCCCAACUCCUGCCGCCUCCUCCUCCUCCUCCUCCUCCUCCGCCACCACCACUCCCGCCACGAUCAGCUUCACGCCGAUCAACCGCCCUGUCCGCGCCGCCCCCUGCGCGGACCUUUUCAAGAUGGAGUUCGACUUCAUCAUGUCGCCGUUCCCAACUCCGGUGCUGAGCAACGUGCGCGCGGAGCCGUUCGAGCCCAAGGCGUGGGCGCACGGCCCGCCGCGCUCCUUCGAGGCGGCCUGCGACAUGCGCGCCUAG